UGGAGGAGGGGGCGGGGAGAGGGGGAGAUAUGAAAUCUCUGAAUCUCCCAGAAGAGAACCCAGGCGUCCUGGCUCCCAGCCCCCUCCCCGCCUUCCCCUCCCAACAGCACUUUGGGGUGAAUUCGCUGUUCUGGUUUCCCCAGGAGCCCCCGUGUCUCCCCAUCACACCCCAGCCCGGGUCUGUCUGUCUGUCCGCCCAACCCCGCCCCCUCUGGACCCGCCCCCCGCUCCAGGAUCCCGCCCCCCCGCCGAUCCUCCGGCUCCUCGUCCCGCCAGGCGCGAUCCCGCCAGCGACUUGUUGCCGGCGAGAAGGGAGCAGGGCGCAUGCAUGUCCGGCCGGGGCGGGGGUCGGGAGAAGCCCCCGGUGCCGAUCCGCGAGCACAUGGCCAUCGACGUGUGCCCCGGCCCCAUCCGGCCCAUCCGCCAGAUCUCCGACUACUUCCCGCGCCGCAGCCCCGGGGAGGGCCCCGCGCAGGACGGGGGGGGGCCCUGCCGCCCGCCCGCCCCCCUCGACACCCCCCCCGGCUCGGCGCCCGCAGACCAGGGCUACGAGGCCGACAGCUACGACUCGGAUGACACCACGGCUCUGGGGACCCUGGAGUUUGACCUGCUCUAUGACCCCGAGAGCUGCACCCUGCACUGCACCAUCCUCCGGGCCAAGGGGCUGAAGCCGAUGGAUUUUAAUGGUCUGGCCGAUCCCUACGUCAAACUUCACCUGCUGCCGGGGGCCUGCAAGGCCAACAAGCUGAAGACGCGAACGCAGCGGAACACCCUGAACCCCGUGUGGAACGAGGGGCUGACGUACACGGGCAUCACGGGGGAGGACAUGGCCCGGAAAACCCUGCGGGUCUCAGUCUGUGACGAGGACAAGCUGACCCAUAACGAGUUCAUCGGGGAGACCCGGGUGCCGCUCCGGCGUCUGAAGCCUUCCCAGAAGAAGCAUUUCAACAUCUGCCUGGAACCCCAGAUCCCGCUGGCCUCCCCAUCCGCCAUGUCGGCCGCACUGCGAGGAAUCUCCUGUUACCUCAGAGAGCUGGAGCAGGCGGAGCAGUGGGAGCUGGAGGAGCGGGGUCGGAUCCUGCUGGCGCUGACGUACAGCUCCGAGCGCCGUGGGCUGCUGGUGGGAAUUCUGCGCUGUGCUCACCUGGCCGCCAUGGACGUCAACGGCUACUCCGACCCCUACGUCAAAACGUACCUCAAACCAGACAUGGAGAAGAAAUCGAAGCACAAAACGAGCGUGAAGAAGAAAACGCUGAACCCCGAAUAUAACGAGGAAUUCUUCUACGAAAUCGACCAGUCGGAGCUGGCGCAGAAAUCCCUGGAGAUCACAGUCUGGGACUACGACAUCGGGAAAUCCAACGACUUCAUCGGUGGCGCGACCCUGGGCCUGGACUCCAAGGGCGAGCGGCUGCGGCACUGGCUGGGCUGCCUGCAGAGCCCCGACCAGCGCUGGGAGCAGUGGCACACGCUGACCAAUGAGCUCCCAGAAUCCUCGGCCUUCGCGCCCUGAUUGGCCCUGGGGCCCGCUGCUCCCUGCCUGCUGCUUAAAGGAGCGGGGCCCUUUGCACGAGGACUCUUGCAUGUUUACACGGGGGCGGUAAGAAACCCGCCCCCUCCGUGCUGUGUCUGUCUGGGGGGGCUGUUUGGUUACAUUGGGGGAGGGGCGACACUGACUCCACCCCUCUCAUCCUGUUAUGUAGGGGAGGGGCCUCAUAUGCAAAUUGUCACUUGCUGCAAGAAUAUUAUGCAAAACAGUAUUCAAAUUGGUGGGAAACUAGCCCCUCCGUCCCCUCCCACACACCCCUCCUUUCAAGGAGGAAUUUUAGCACCUUCCCCUUUAAAAAGAAUUUUUGUCUGCAGUCAAAAAUCCCACCCCCGCUCUUAAAGGAGCAUCCUAUUUCCGCACCGUUUUUUACAAAACGGUUUGUAAAAAGGGUCGUUUGCACCGGGAGGGUCCCCCCGAAACCACCAGCCUCAUUCAAUGGCUUUUUUUCUAAGGGCUUCUGGGAUUUCAGGGGGGCCAGGGAGAGUUGGGGGGCAGUCAGGGGUCACUGAAGUUGCC